AUGCAUUCUAAGGAGUGCUUAUUCCUUGGCUAUUCUCCAUCCCACAAAGGCUAUAAAUGUCUUGAUCCUACUGGCAGAAUAUUUGUGUCUAAGGAUGUAAUAUUCAACGAGCACAGGUUCCCCUAUACUUCCCUAUUUCCUGACUCAUCAUCUAAAUCUGUUUCAAAACCCUCCCCUACUCCCUUUUCUGGACCUCCAUCUGGACAUCCUAUUCCCCUUACAUCUGUUGGUCCUCACUCAUACUUUCAGUCACCUACUAAUUCCCCUGGUUCUUCUUGCAGGCAACCUUCUUUCAGCAGCAUUAAUCCUGACCUUGGUUUACCUGUUUCUCCCUCCCAGUCUGCUUCUACUUCUCAACAUUUUGUUCAUCCUGAUACAUCUUCUGCUGACUCUUCAGCUGUGUCUCCUCAAGUUGAUAUUCAGUCCUCCUCAGUGGGCAUUAGUAACAGCACAACCUCUUCUCCAUUCACUGAACACUCCUCCCUUGCUCCAUAUGUUCAUCCUCUUAACACUCAUCCCAUGGUCACUAGAGCUAAGGAUGUAGAUCAGUGGGCUGAUGUGUUAACCAAGCCUCUCUCCACCAACAGAUUCUUGUUUCUUAAAUCAAAGCUUAGAGUCGUUGACAAGCUCAAACUUGAUCAACCACCCUAA